AUGAUUCCACCCGAUUCCGAUGAGUCGCCAUUGCAGACUGGCGCGAGCUUCACCUUUGGGCCCGAGGACUCGGCGGCAGCCCUCGACGACUUUGAUACCCACAGCCAUGCAAGCUCCCGCGACCCCGAUAGCGCGCUGACCGCCGACCCCGCGACGGGCCCGGAGAACGGGUCGCAAGGGAACCAAGGCGAUGAUCCGUCCCGGGAAGACGGCGGCCCGUCGAAUUCCGAACAACUCGAGAAAGGCGAGAAACCCGUAUGGAGCGAACUGAAAACCAAGGCCGGUAAGGAGCGGAAGCGGCUGCCACUGGCCUGUAUCGCAUGCCGCCGGAAAAAGAUUCGGUGCUCGGGCGAGAAGCCUGCCUGCAAGCAUUGCACGCGCUCGCGCAUCCCGUGUGUAUACAAAGUCACCACAAGAAAGGCUGCGCCGCGCACGGACUAUAUGGCCAUGCUGGACAAGCGACUGAAGAGGAUGGAGGACCGCGUGAUCAAGACGAUCCCCAAGGAUGAAAUGAGGGAUAUGGCUGCCAUCGGCAGGGCGGUUGUCAAGCCCUCUGUGCCGAGCCAGACGACCAAGGCGCAAAAGAAACGGAACGCCGACGAGGCAUUUACCGCGGAGAUGGAGGAUUGGACUCGCGGCGAGCGCCGCCCGCCACACGAGACGUUUCCUAUGAACCGCGAAGCAAAGUCCAGCGAUGGAAGCGGCCUUUUAACGGCGGGCGCUGAGUUUCUGCCGUCGCUGGAGAUCCAGGAACAUCUGGCAGAGGUGUUCUUCGAUUGUGUUUAUGGGCAGUCGUACCUCCUCUUGCACAAACCCAGUUUCAUGCGGCGACUUAAAGCUGGCUCGGUCCCCCCGGUCCUGAUUCUCGCGGUUUGCGCUGUGUCCGCCCGGUUCUCAACCCAUCCGCAGCUCAACUCGGAACCACCGUUUUUGCGCGGCGAAAAUUGGGCCAAUCCCGCUGCGGCCAUUGCUUUGAGUCGGCAUGACGAACCAAACAUUACCAUCUUGACUGUGUUUCUACUCCUUGGUCUCCAUGAGUUUGGAACAUGUCACGGUGGACGCAGUUGGUCAUUUGGCGGGCAGGCGUUGCGCAUGGCAUAUGCCUUGCAGCUCCACCGUGAGCUUGAUGUGGAUCCGUUGCUUGGGCAGAAUAAUGGUAGCAACUCCCAAUUGAGUUUCACAGACCGAGAGAUUCGACGACGGACUAUGUGGGCGUGCUUCUUGAUGGAUCGAUACAAUUCUUCUGGGAGUCAACGACCGCCAAUCGGGAACGAGAGAUUUUUACAGCUCCAACUGCCUAUCAAGGAAACUCAUUUUCAAAUGGAGAUUCCUGGGCCCGCCGAGGAUCUAGAUGGCGAUGUCCCCAAUCCUGUGCCAGAGGAUACGGGCCAGUUAUCUAAUGCAAAGGAAAAUAUGGGGGUGUCGGCCUACAUCAUCCGCGCCAUUGUUCUCUGGGGCCGCAUUGUCGACUACCUGAACCUUGGCGGCAAACGAAAAGAACCUCAUCCGCUGUGGCACCCAGAUUCGGGGUACAUGCAGCUCAAGCGACAAAUUGAGGAAUUCUCCGCAGCGCUCCCGGCCUCCUUGACCUUUACCUACGAAAACCUUCAGAUCCAUGCCGCUGAGAAGAUCGCAAAUCAGUUCAUCUUUCUUCACAUCAUCACGCAUCAAAAUGUCCUGUUUCUGAACCAGUUCGCCAUUCCCCUCUCCCCAGGAGGACGGCCUCCUAGGGACAUGCCCAAGCCUUUUCUCAGCAAUGCCGGUCGAGCAGCGGUCGAGGCGGCCCAUCACAUCUCCGUUCUUUUUGAUCGCGCCUCGGCCUAUCCGCUGACCGUCCCUUUUGCUGGAUAUUGUGCAUAUUCGGCUAGUACAGUUCAUAUUUGGGGCAUUUUCUCCAAGAACGUCCAGCUGGAAGCUCGCUCAAAAGAGAACCUUCGCCACACUUACCGCUAUCUCAACAAAAUGAAGAAAUACUGGGGAAUGUUCCACUACAUGGUGGAGAGUGCCAAAGAUCGGUACCGACAAUUCGCUGAUGCGGCCAUCAAAGGCUCCGUGGCUACUCAGAACGGCUCCUCGGUGGCACCCAUGUUCCAGUAUGGUGACUGGUUCGACAAGUAUCCCCAUGGCGUGUCGAUGCUACAUUGGGAAGACCCCGACACUCGGCACAAGGAAUCUGGCGAAGACGCCGUCAUGGGGCAGAAGCCCGAUCUGCAAAGCGUCGAGGAUUUCUUUGCCAGUUUGUCCCCAACACCGCAGCCCAGCGUCCCCCGCAAGUCGCGCUCGCGCAAAAACAGCCGGAUUUCCGAUGGCGCCCCGGGUCUGAAUCAGACUUCACCACAGUCAAUGAUGGACGUAACCAUGGCCAACACCGCCGACGUUCCGGGCAGCGCAUUCCCCCAGCCGACCAUGCUCUCUCAAAACCGACCCAUUUCCUUUGGUCAAUCUCCCUUUGAUUUCAGUAUUCCUCCUGACCAGUUGCCACAACUUGAUCGGCAAUUCGUGUAUGGCUCGUUUGCUGAUUUCGAUCCCACCUCCUUCGUCCCCCACAAUAACCCACCUAUGCCUCCCCUCAAUGGCGUCGAGCCCCAGAACUCGGAACACAUCUUCACCGGUCAGCUGGAUCCUAGCGCCCCUGCUGGAACAGGCGAAUUCUAUCAGCCCAGCGCAUGGUUCCUGCCCUUCAACCUUGACCCCGUCGGCGCCAGCCCAGACCUUGGUCCCGGUGGAACCCCGCAGCCCGCCCCAGGCCCAGCCUCCGCUCCAGUGCCCGGUGCCGGCGGCACUGCUCCCACCCCUGGGCCUGGUCCCAUGCCAGAACUCCCUACUUUGGGGGGAGCAGGAAACCUACGGCUGGGCGCAUAUGAUAUUGGGCUAGGUGGGUCCGGUCUGGGUCAAGACACGCGACAGGUGUGA